AAACACUCCACCUCUUCCUUCUCAACAGAUUCAACCCAAAACUGGAUUUUUCUUUUGAAGGCGUCAACUGUAUUAUUAGCAUUGAAAGUUGUGGUACCCUAUACAGAAAGAAUCACAUAAACAGCAAGUAUAAAAGGAACAGUUUUUAGCAGAAACAGUCAGUCUAGAAGGAAGCCUUGAGACGAACAACAUUCUAAAGAAGGCAAAAUGAAUCAUAACACGAUGACAAGCAUACUGCUCACUCUUGGCAUCUACCUUUUCCUCCAAAAUACAAAUUGUCUCUGUUCAGCAGAACUGUCAAUUGACAGGCCAUUCCCCCGGCAUCACAUUCACCUUCGGGUGCCUCAACUCGGUGAUGCAGCGUUUCAAGAAGACGAGGACGCUUUGGAAAAAAGGCAAUUUAACGAUUACGGACACAUGCGAUUUGGAAAAAGAGAGGGGACAGAUGAAAAGUUCGAGGAUUAUGGCUAUCUGAGAUUUGGAAGGUCACCACAAUAGAGAAAAACUAGACAAGAAUUUAAA